AUGGCUGGGUAUUCGAAUUUUUCAAUGGCAUCCAAUGUGUUCAUUCAGAGCUUCGUGAACAACUGUUUCAGUGUAAUUGAAAUUGUUCUGGUUAUGACAAAAACUGCAAAGAUUCUGCACGAAUUUCCCGUUCAUCAAACUGACGAUCGUCUCAAGGAGAGCAUCAGUCGAUUUUCCCUGCAAAUCCUUCAGGAAAAACGCCCGAUUUCCGUCUGCGGAAUGUUCAAUGUGGACAACACGCUACUCUACUCCAUGAUCUCAUCGAUGACCAGCUAUUUGAUACUCUUGAUUCAAUUCCAAAUGGAAAUGUAA